AUGAACAGGGAAUCGUAUAUAACUAACGAUACUAUUCAUCAAAAGGAUACUAAGACCCGAUCAGAGAAUGAACAUGAUGUGGAUAAAGAUCACUUUGCUACUAAUACGGAAAACAUUGAAUCAGAAGAUGCCCCUAUACCCAGUUCAGGAAACUCUGCUAGUUUAGAAAAUUACAUGAACAACCCAACAUCUUCAUCCUCACAUGAAAAGGAUACACUCCCUUCUAACCAAAAUGGACAAAGGAAUGAUUCGCUAUCAAUAUUUACCAAUUUCAAACCUACAAGGUACUCAACAGAUGCAUCUAUAAAUUCCUUUUUAAAUAUAAGUGAUAAUGCCAAUACUACGACUACAAGUGGUCAAAAAAGACCAACACUACCAAAAAUAUCGGAUAUUCCACCACAACAGAUCCCUGACAUGUCAAUGAUAGGAAGGGGGUUUUCAAUAGUAAACAAUAUAUGGUCCCAACAACCACAACCUCCUUCCAUGAGAAAACAAUCUAAUGAUCCAAAUGACCCUUAUUCUGUUCCUAAAUUCAAGACUCCGUCUUUUUCAACAUCCAUAUCACAACAGGUCCAAGAUACUUCAUCUAGAAACGAUUCGUCGUUACCACCAUCGAAGAGAAACUCCUUGUAUUUUGGUUCGAAUGAUUGCCCAGAUUUAGACUUUUUAAGCAUAGCAAACCAACCACAACCUCAAUCUCAAUCUCAGUCUCAAUCUCAACAAGAUCCAACAAGAAGGAAAAGCUCUAGCGUAGCGGGCAUGAAACCCCCAAUGCUGAUUCCUUUCUCAAAUACCAACCAAACUAGUAAUAGUAAUAAUCGACAAUCCGCAGGAUCUAUAUCGUCAAACCCAAAUGAUUUUGAUCCGUUCUUCCCACCAGGUUCAAACACUUUACUAUUAUCGUCUAGAAAUAAUUCAUUGAAAUUUAACCCUGAAGACUUAGACUUCCAAUUUAAGAGACGUAAUUCAUCUUUAAGAAACACAUUAGAUAGCAAUAGUAACAGCAAUGUGCAUUUUCCAUCAACAUCAACUGACUCAAAUAAUAAAGAUAUUAAUUCAUUUAAUAACCCAUUAACAAGUAUUGAAGAGUUGGAUUCUACAAAUGAUAAUAAUGAUUCACUGAAUAUUCCCACUGCAAAUAAAAAUAAAGUGACAAAACCCGCAAAGAAGAUCCCCAAAGCCAUUAAACAAGAGUUGUCUCCAACUGAAAGGUCUUUAUUCCUAGAAGAACAAGAACAGCGGCAGCAACAGCAGCAACAGCAACCCCAGAAAAUUGAACUAAAACCGGAAUUCAACCAAAAUAUUCAGGAUAAUAAUGAUAUAGAUGGUAAUGCAGUGGAUGAUCGACCAUUACUGGGUGUUACUAAAGUAGAUCAGUUAAUGCUAAUGAUACAAGCACGGAAAAAAGGUGUCACAGAAGUAGUUCACACAACGCCGGACGGACAAUUAUUAAUUGAUAGUCAUUCAAAUAUUUUACCACCACAAAAUGAAUUGAUAGGCGGUGUUGAAAAACCGAAAACAUUACAUGAAGGUUCUAAGCAGCAUAAAUGUCCCUAUUGCCACAGGUUGUUUGCUCAAUCAACUCAUUUGGAAGUCCAUAUUAGGUCUCAUCUUGGUUAUAAACCUUAUCAAUGUGGAUAUUGUGGUAAAAGGUUUACUCAAGGUGGUAAUCUUAGAACACACCAACGUCUUCAUACUGGUGAAAAGCCUUAUGAAUGUGAAUUAUGUGAUAAAAAAUUCUCCAGAAAGGGUAAUCUUGCUGCUCAUUUGUUAACACAUCAAAAAGUGAAACCUUUCAUUUGUAAACUGGAUAAUUGUAACAGAUCUUUUACCCAAUUAGGUAAUAUGAAGGCGCACCAGAAUAGGUUCCAUUUAGAUACCCUGAAGAUGUUAACUACUAAAUUGGCAGAAAUGAAUCCCAAUGAUAAUAUUCCUCAAAAGGACAGAGAACUAUUGGAAUAUUUUGCAUCCAUAUACAAAAAUUCAAAUAGAGGUAUUAAGGGAAGGGGUAAAGGCAGUGCCAAGAUCCAACAAACUUCUCCACCGAUUACCAAUAAUUCUCCUCCACGAAUGACACCAAAAUCGAAAAAGAAAUCUAAGAAACAAUCUUCACCAAGAUCUAGAUCAAAAUCAAAGUCAAGUUCUUUACCAAUAGUACCAUUUGCUCUGGAAAAUGUUGAUACAACUGAACAAGGACAGCAACACCUUCAACAGCAACAAAACGAAGGUCAUUUUGACACAUCAUUAGGUCAAGAGCAUCCUAUAAUCAACUACCAUUAUACUACACUACCCCAAACACCAGUUACAAUUACAAAUAAUGCUGCGAAUAAUAGUUUAAACCUUACUAAUAUGACAGAUAAUUCCUUUUCUUUUAAUUUGGACCAACCUGUGCCGGACGCCACAACAGAACAGCAAAUACAAACCUUUCCACAACAACAGCGGCAGCAAAGACGAGAACCGCCUCCACAUUCAGAAAAGGUUCAUUUUAAGAAUGUUAAUUAUAAGAGUCAAUUACUUUGA